AAUAAUAGGGUUCAUUGCUGUUCUUGUCGAGGAAAUAAUUCCAUCAAUCUACCAACUAACAACAAUAUCAGAGACACACAAUCUUCUUCUUCAUCACUCUUAAUAACUUAGGUACCCACUCACGUACACUAUAAGCGCCAUCACCAACCAAUCAAAAGCAAACAUGAAGUCUGUCUCUGUUCUCUCAUCUCUCCUCCUUGGAGCCGCCUCCGUCUUUGGAGCUCCCGUGACCGAGAGACAAGUCGAAGCUCCGACUGAGUUCGACAUCACCAAGUUCAGCGCCAACACCUUGCCCCACGGCACCGGAGCCUUCAUCUCCUUCGAUGUCGCCAUCCCCAACACCUCCGUCUCCACGACUUGCGGGUACUCGGACCAAUCAUCCGUCUCGAAGCUCCCUUCGGUAUCUCUCCGAGCUUGUGAUGACCCGGCCUUCGAGUGGCAGUUCCACCAGGACCCGUCGCAGCCUGGAACCGAGGGCCGCUACCGCGUCCUCGUGACCUACGCCUACGACAGCCCCAAGAAGGUCGCCGGCUUCCACGAGUGGCCUGCUACCGAGUUCCCCUUGGAGAACUUCGGCUCCACCGUAGCUACCUUCUACCGCGGCGAGCCCGACUUCGUCAUCACCAACGUCUCUUAAAGUCAAAGCCCAGUUGAGGCGUCGAGAAUUAAUUCCUGCUUGUUUCGUCGGAUCACUUUUCUUGAUAGAGUAUAUAUAAGCAUAGACACGCUCAGGCUACAUAUAGAUCUUCAUCUGCUCAGAGCUAAUAAGGGGGUUGCUUUGAAGAGGAAAUCUUAGGGAAUGGUACUGUUCAACUUUACAGCAUUAGCAAUUAAUAAUAAAUACCUAGUCCCUUUUUUGCUACUAUAAAACUUAUCAAUUGAAUGUACGACUAAGCAUCUACGAAGUUUCUCCUCUGUGGUGUACUAUGCAAUAGCUAUGUACAUCUUUACGGCAUGAGCCCCUGUUCUAGCCAUAGUUUCGUCUGUCAUCAUGGUAGACGUUUGUGCAACGGCAUGCAUUCAGUACCUGUAACUCCUCGAAACUCAGUGGACAUAAUAUCAACU